CUUGUGGACGUUUCUCGUGGUUUGGUCCGCACGAGACGCCGUAGUCGGGAAGAUGGCGGCCACGGUGCUGGUUAGCCGCUCUGCUAAUGUCCUUCCAAAGAUUUCCACCUGUGUUCCUCUCCUUUCAAUAGGUAGCUGCUCCCCUGCUGUAUUGUCAGCCGCCUGCGUCUCCACGGGUCAGCAGAGGAAGCUGCACCAUGCAGUCAUUCCAAAAGGGAAAGGAGGGCGCUCCUCUUCUAGUGGAAUAUCAGCCACGGUGUUCGGUGCCACAGGGUUCCUGGGUCGAUAUGUCGUCAACAGGCUGGGUCGGAUUGGCUCUCAGAUUAUAAUCCCGCACCGCUGUGAUCAGUAUGACCUCAUGUACUUCAGGCCCAUGGGUGAUCUUGGACAAGUCAUUUUCAUGGAGUGGGAUGCUAGGAACAAAGACUCCAUCAAACGUGCUUUGGAGAACUCUAACGUGGUUAUCAACCUGGUGGGCAGAGAGUGGGAGACGAGGAACUAUAGCUUCGACGAUGUCUUCGUGUCCAUCCCUCAGCAGAUUGCCAAGGCAGCCAGAGAGGCCGGCAUCACAAAGUUCGUCCACAUGUCUCACCUCAACGCUGACAUACGCAGCCAAUCCAAGUACCUGAGGAACAAGGCUGUAGGAGAGAACGCAGUGAGAGACGAGUUCCCUGACGCAAUCAUCAUGAAGCCGUCUGAGAUCUAUGGGAGAGAGGACAGAUUCUUUAACUACUACGCAAACAUGCGCUGGUUUGGCAACGCUGUUCCACUUAUUUCCAUGGGGAAGAAGACGGUGAAGCAGCCUGUUUAUGUGGUAGAUGUGGCCAAGGCCAUCCUCAAUGCUGUUAGAGACCCUGAUGCUAAUGGAAAGACCUACGCACUCGUUGGCCCGAACCGUUACGUCCUUCAUGACCUGGUGGAGUACAUCUACGCUGUGGCACACAGACCUUUUGUGCCCUACCCUCUGCCCCGUCCUUUCUAUCAUCUCGCUGCUCAUUUUUUUGCAAUGAAUCCUUUUGAGCCUUGGACGAGCCCAGACAAAAUCGACAGGUUUCACAUAACAGACAUGAAGUACCCAGGACUUCCUGGUCUGGAGGAUCUCGGGAUCACACCUUCGACUGUAGAACAAAAGGCGAUCGAGAUUCUGCGUCGUCAUCGCCGAUUCCGUUACCUGGAAGCUGACCUGGACGAUGCGAAGCCAGCCAAAACUGUCAACUAUUAAACUUGUUGAGAAACGUCACUAUCGCUCCGGCAGUCAGAGGAUGUCGGUACCUCUGCUAUUGUCAGUAACUAUAUUCUGUAUGUAAAUAAAAAAUGAUCCUUUAAGAA